AUGCUCGACGAUGCACAAGACUUGGAAGACUUUCUGCCACGAGGAACCCUUGGAGACAGUGCAGAGAGGUAUUUACAGGCUCAUGGCUACAAGGUGUCUGCAGUUUGGAGCAUCAUCCAUGCCUUCAAGGAUGCAUUUGGUCCUGAUGACUUCAUGGCCUAUGUGUGUCCCAAAGGAAUGCCUGUGUUGGAGGCGGCAUAUAUCUAUGAGCUGAUCUCAGCACUCGAUCCUACCAAGCCACAUCUCAAGGCAUCUGAGAUCGCACCCAAACUGUCCAAGGAAUGGAAGUUCAUGUUGAAGGAAGAUAAGGAAAACAUGACCAAGGACUACAUGGAUGACUUGAAAGAAUAUAGGGCCAACAAAAGUUUGGCUGUGCACAAUGUUGCCAUCAAUUCCUUUCAUGAUGUCUGCAGUACACUUGAUUCGAUUUCAGUUCAGCUUUCAGAGCUUACUCCACAGACUGAGGACAAGCUAGCUGACCAUUUUGUUAUGUUGACUAAACUCAUGCCUCACAAAUUUGCUACAUGUCUCAAAGCUUGUGUGAUUUCUGGUGUCACAGGUCUUGUCUCAAACUAUAAGGAAUCAUAUCUUACACUGAAGAGAGAGCUCACAUCGCUCAUUCUUGGUAAAUUGAAUCAAGCAGCGCAAGUUCCCAUUCCUAAGAUGUUCUACAAUAAUUUCAACACAUAA